GUAGCGAAUUAGUCUAGGCUAAACUUCCAGUAGAUAAAAAGUAAACAACAUAACUAAAAUAACAUUUUUUUAUUUACAAAUUUGUAGAUGUCCGAAUUGGAAGAUUUUUGUUAUAUAUGUGUAGAAAAAAAUUCAAAUUUAACAAAUAUUAUUGAAUCCGACGAAAGAGAUGUUAAAUUCAUACACAAAUUGUCAGUGUGUGUGCCGAAUCAGGUUUGGAAGGAAGAUAUUUGCAUAUGUGAAAAUUGCAUUAAAAAUCUGAAUUUGGCUUACGAUUUUAUUCAAGUUUGCAUAAAAAGUGAAGAUCUACGAAAUGAAAAGAAAAAGCUCAUUGUACAACAAACUGAAAAAUUUCACUGUGAUAAAUGCAAUAAAUACUUUUCGCAAAAGAGGUGGUUGUUAUCACAUAUUACAAAAGUACACAAGAAAACAGACCCACAGGAAGAAAUUACAUCAGUAUUAGAUGAUGUACCAAAAGAUGAAAAUCUUAUUGUUAAAAAUGAAUAUUUUGAUGAAGGCAAUUACUCCAGUGAUGAAGAAUCCAAAUUGAACGUUAAGAAAAGAUACAAGAAAUUAAAAAUACCUUUGACUUGCGAGUAUUGCGGAAAAACUUUCAACAGAAGACAACACCAUUCGGCUCAUAUUCGUGCAAAGCAUACUUUUGAAAAACCAUAUAAGUGCGACCUCUGUGAUGCAAAAUAUACAAAUUCCCAUAGUUUAUUGGUCCAUAAAAGGAAUCACAAUAACGAGAAGCCUUUUGUGUGUUCAUAUUGUGGAAAAAGUUUCGUUUGUUCUGGUGAUUUGUAUCACCACAGCAAAAUACAUUUAAAUAGAAGAGAGUAUAAAUGUAAUUUGUGCGACAAAAGUUUUAACACUGCCAGUAUUUUGAGAACGCAUAAAAUUUGCAUGCAUCUGGAUCCUAAAGAUUGGAAAUAUGUUUGUAGACAUUGCGAUAAAAGGUUUCCCAUAAAUUCUAGCUUAGCUAAUCAUAUUAAAAGACAUUUGGGAGUUAGGGAAUUUUCUUGUUACAUUUGCGAAAAAAAAUUCUUCGAUAAAUCAGAAUUAACAAAACAUUUAAAAUCGCACAGUAAUGAGAAACUGUUUAAAUGCAAUAUUUGCGAAAGUAAAGAAUAUAAAAAUAGUUACAGUUUGAAAAAACACAUGAAAAUCAUACACGACGUUGGUACAAUAAAUAUAGUUAAACCGGAAAAAAAAUUUAGUUGUCCAUUGUGUUCAAAAGCGUUCGCUUUCAAUAAUAAACUUCAAAAGCAUAUUUCCACUCACUCCGGUGUCAAACCUUUUAAAUGUCACCAUUGCGAUAAAAGGUUUUUAGAUAAUUAUUAUAGGAAGUUGCAUUUAAUGAAAAAACAUAACAUUAACGAAAUAACUGAUGUGGAUGCAUUAAAAUAGAGUAAUGUUUUGCUUAUUUAUUUUUUAUAUGUACAGAGGUGCUCAAAAAAAAUUGUUUUCAACUCAACGUCUCAAAAGUUUGUAUUAGAGAAAAGAAAUAAAAAGCAGAUUACUCCUCGUUUUCUUUAUAGCUCA